UUGCCAACGCAAUGUCCCGCUUCUAUAAAAGUGUUCUAGGGUUGAAAUUAUUGUUCUUUCACUGACGUGGCUUUAGUGCGCUUGACAAUGUCGGUCGAACAGCUUCAAAAUAUUAUUUCGCCGAAAAUUAAUCAGCAAGUCCUUACGGACAUUGUCGUGAAAAAAAGUGGUUUGAAGGAUAUUCAAAUAAAAGAAAUUAAAAUAGAAGGGGCCUGCACGAGAAAAGGGGAUUCGUAUUUGAGCCAAAUUUGCCGAUUUACAAUUGAGGCAACGGGAAAAAAUAAAUCAAAUCAGGAAAAUGAAACGUCAAUCCCCGUAAUUGCAAAAUUCCUACCGAAAAAUCUCGCUCGUCGCAAAACCUACCGCUCCCCUGUAUUUUUCGAAAAUGAGGGAAUAUUCUACGAAACAGUUUUGCCGGCCUUCCAAGACUUCCAAAACUCGAAAAAGUUGUCCAAAAAAUUCGAAAACAUUCCUUUAAUGCUUGCACAAUGGAUUGACGGCGAUAACGAUUUCAUAAUUCUCGAAGACGUGACUCCCCAAGGAUACAAGCCUGCUGUUCGAGGCUCAGACUUAGAUGAAAACCACUCUGUGGCUAUUUUAAAAUUACUUGCAAAUUUUCAUUCUCUGAGUAUCGCUUUCAGGGACCAAAAGCCAGAAAUAUUCGAAAAAGCCGCGGCGAGUUUAAAAGAGACAUACUUUGCCGAAAAAUACCGAAGCUGGUUCGAACCUUUCCUCCACAAACUCUAUAUUGUGGCCUUAGACGCAGUCGAGAAUGAAUUUCCCCAACUUUUACCAAAAUUAAAAAAAUACAUUUCUGGCGAUGUCUUCGGUAAAAUUUGUCAGGGUUACCAACUCCGCGGCCCCUACGCCGUUGUAGCACACGGCGACGUUUGGGCCCCAAAUUUUUUAAUAAAAUAUGCGGAAAAAGAUCGAAUUGAAGAUAUCGUAAUGAUCGAUUUUCAAUUAACACGAUACGCAACUCUCGCUGGCGAUUUAAUUUUCUAUUUAUUGACUUGUGUCGACAUUAAUCUGAUCGAACAAAAGUGGAAUUUUUUGAUCAAAGAAUAUCACGUGACUUUGACCGAAAAUUUGGCGCAAUUGGGGUCCGACCCGAAUUUAAUUAAUUUAGAAGGGUUGCACAGGGAAUUGAAAGAAAGUAUGAAGUUUGGCCUAGGUGUCGUAAUAGAGUCCUUAAUUAUGUCACUUCUGGAUGAAACCGAAGUUGGAGAUCUUGAUGGAAUUCAGGGAGACGAAGCAGUAUCCGUGGAAAACGUAUGGAAAGUGUCUCCCUUUAAAACCCAAGCCAAGCGGCUCAGAUUCGCCCGAAUGUUCAAAUUUUUGGUCGAUAACAAUUUUAUCUAAGUCUUGUCCAAAUAAUUUAGUUUUAUCAAACAAUACAUAAGAGUAAACAAUUA